GGAGUGCCGCGGUAAUUGGCUGGAUGUGGUACUUGGAGAUGUUGAGCUGGCUCCUUCCCCCCAUGUCCCUGCACACGCACAGGGGCGGGUGGUGCGGGCGGGAGCGGGAGGCAGGGCUCGGUGGCGGCGGUGCUGGUGGCGGUAGCAGCAGUGGCGGGGCUGCCCCCGCUCGCUGCUUGCCCUCCGCCGUGCCCGAGCCCCUGCAGCUGCUGGGCUGCUGCCUGCGGCCGCAGGACCCGGCCGAGCCGGGCCGAGGGGAGCGCGGGCGGCUGCUGGCGGCGGCCGAGAUGAUGGCGGAGGGCGGCGGCGGCGGCGGCGGGGCGCGCAGGAAGGCGCUGUCGCUGCUGGAGGCCGCCCGCUCCCGCUACGAGAGCCUGCAGAUCUCCGACGACGUCUUCGGGGAGUCGGGCCAGGACAGCAGCGGCAACCCCUUCUACAGCACCUCGGCCGACUCCCGCUCCGCAGCCUCCUCCCAGGACGAUGAGGAUGGAGGCGAGGAAGAGGAGGAGGAGGAGGAAGGCGGGGGGCAGUCCCCGCGGGGCAGGGCGGCCCGGCGCCGAGCACCCAGGCCGGCGGAGCGGCGGCGGCAGCGGCAGGCUGGCGGCGGGGGGGGGACGGUGCCGGGCGGCCCCGGCCCCAUGGAGGAGGAGGAAGAGGAGGAGGAGGAGGAAGGCGCCCAGAAGGGGGGCUGGACGCGGUCGCUGCGAGACGUGCCGCCCCCCCGCUUCAAGGACGGCAGCGGUCCAACACGGAAAAUGCCCUUGACUGCCAGUGCCAUGGACUUUUUUCAACUCUUUGUCCCUGACAACGUGCUAAAGAACAUGGUGGUCCAAACCAACAUGUAUGCCAAGAAGUACCAGGAGAGGUUCGGUAGUGACGAUACCUGGAUUGAUGUCACCUUGACAGAAAUGAAGGCCUUCCUAGGCUAUAUGAUAUCAACCAGCAUCCACCACUGUGAGUCCGUUCUCAGCAUCUGGAGCAGCGGCUUCUACAGCAACAAGAGCAUUGCACUUAUCAUGACACAAUCACGAUUUGAAAAGAUCCUGAAGUACUUCCACAUUGUGGCCUUCCGCUCGAGCCAGACAACGCAUGGCCUCUACAAAAUCCAGCCUUUCCUGGACUCUCUGCAGAAUGGCUUUGACUCUGCUUUUAGACCUUCACAAGCCCAGGUACUACACGAGCCCCUGAUUGAUGAGGAUCCUGUUUUCAUUGCCACAUGCACAGAGAGGGAGCUGCGCAAGAGGAAAAAGAGGAAAUUCAGCCUUUGGGUUCGGCAGUGCUCAUCCACUGGUUUUAUCUGCCAGAUUUAUGUCCAUCUCAAAGAAGGGAGUGGUGCUGACGGGCUGGAUGCUUUGAAGAACAAGCCGCAGCUGCACAGUAUGGUGGCCAAAAGCCUUUGUCAGAAUGCCUCUGGGAAGAACUACAUCAUCUUCACUGGCCCAAGCAUUACCAGCCUCAAUCUCUUUGAAGAAUUUGAGAAGCAAGCGAUUUACUGCUGUGGGUUGCUGAGCACCAGGAAGAGUGACUGCACAGGCCUACCUCCAUCCAUGCUGAACAACCCUGACACUCCCCCGUCCAGAGGACAGUACAGAAUAAGGAUGAAGGGGAACAUGUCCCUGAUCUGCUGGUACAAUAAAGGGCACUUUCGUUUCCUGACUAACGCCUACUCACCGGUUCAACAAGGAGUUAUAAUUAAGAGAAAAAGUGGAGAAAUUCCAUGCCCUUUGGCUGUUGAAGCAUUUGCUGCUCACCUUAGCUAUAUCUGCAAAUACGACGACAAAUACAGCAAGUAUUUCAUUUCUCACAAACCAAACAAGACCUGGCAACAAGUGUUCUGGUUUGCCAUCAGCAUCGCUAUAAACAAUGCCUACAUCCUCUACAAAAUGUCAGAGGCCUACCACGUGACAAGGUAUAGCCGUGCACAGUUCGGUGAAAGACUUGUAAAGGAGCUCCUGGGCUUGGAAGACACCUCACCCUCCCAUUGAUGCAAUGUUCUUGGUGGCAUAGGCAGGGGGAGGAAGGUAAGCAGAAGAAGAUACCACACCUGGAACAGCAAAGCAAGGAACUUCUGACACCACCAGUGCUGUCCUUAUCCAAAAAUGCCAAGUGAUGCCACUAGAGAGGUGGAAACUUUGUUCCUAGUAGCAGCUGGAUGUAAACAUGUUCUACAGAAAGUGCCACAAGAAAAGCUGACAAAAAAUUGCAUAAGUGAAUGCCCCGUGGGUAUCUGUACACCAGAAACGGACUUAAAUUCGUUAUCUCUCAAUACUAUUUGUCGAACAGGGUCAUCUUGUAAAGUCCUUCUUGGGCUAAGAGCUUGUCAUAAGCCGAGAUAACUCAGCAGUCCCAGGUGGGCAUUGCAAAAAAACUCUGUACACCUUACUUGGAGUUACUCAAUUCUGGGACAAGUAAUGUAAGUCUGCACCAUGGGCUGUGGUUGAGAGUGCUUACCACCUUAUAGGGAAUCAGUGCUGUCCUCACAGUGUGCUAAAAGAAGCAGUUCAGAGACACGAACACUUAAGCAAGUAUAUUGACAAGCAAAACCUUUAAGGCAGGCAGCCAGGAACUGAGAACUGGUUAAACUUUUUCUUUCCAUUUUGUUUUCUUAAAAAAAAAAAAAAGCAUAAGGCAAUUUGAUCCCAGCUAGAACACAGCAAAAUUAGAAGUAACCAAAUACAUUAGUGAAUUUAAAAUGGAAAAACGUGACAUUGAUUUUUUUUUAAACCAGGAUGAAAUGAAACAUUUUAUACACAGCCAGAGAGUGAAGUAAUACUGCCUCACAUCGUAACUGCCACGGUCAGUAUACAGAUCAAAAACGAGAGUAUAACAAUUAUAUUUUUUUUAUUUCAACUGUAUCUUACAUGUUGCUUAAAAGUCUGACAUAAUGGGCUCAAGUUUUUUAGGAAAAACAAUUUGUUUCUUUUCCUUUUGUAAGUCCAUUUUAGAACUUCAUUUGGCACACAGUUUGCAGGAAAAAAAUAAUUCAGUAAUAGCAGUGUGUUUUGCAUCAUCACUGCGGGAUGUUCUAUAAGUAUUCUUCUUACUAGAAUGCCGGGCUUGCCACAAUAGUUGUAAUUAAGCAGAUUACAUGUUUAGCAAAAUAACAUAGCAUUGUGUUUUGCAAAAAGAAAGAAGUCCGACUGCAACCAGAUGUUAAACCUAACUAAAACAGAGCAAGCUCAAAGGGUUCACCUGUUCUGAGUAGCACUGUAGAGGAUGAGCAUCACGGUGAGCCGGUGCCUGUGGCUGAACCACUCUGGUUUGGUGUUGGUGGAAUCCGAAGGCCACUGAAGCCUUGGAAAGCAACAGAGAGAGAGGGGAGUGUGACCGAAACAGGAGAGAAUUGACAUGGAGGUGAAAUGCUGCCCUGCCCUCUACACAGUAUUGAUUUCAGUCUACAGCUCAAUCAACAAAAAAGCUCCAUAUCCUAAAGGUUAGCAGUGAUGGAAACAAACCGAAUGUCAUUAACUUACAGGGCACAACCACGUUGCUUAAAGAACCAGCUGGAUUUAGGUCCACAAGCCUGGCAUUUUCUGGAAGGUGUUACCAAAGAAUGACUUGGGCUGAUUUAAGAGGAAUAGAGCAAUUGAUUUAUUUCUUUAUCAGUCUGUAACUCCACAGGUUAUAUGUUUCUGUCUGGAGAGAGGCGACCGAGUACCCUCUGAACUCUCCAAAUUUCACUCUUACGGUUAUCAGAGAUGCCAAGGCACUGUGCAAGCGCAAAGCCUGUAAAUCAUCACAGAAGAAUCCAGCAGGGGCUUGUAAAUUACUGACUAGCCCAAAGAGCAUUCUUGCACUGACAGCUUUCGAUUUCUACCAAAGUCCUAUUUUUUGGAGUAGACUUAGGCAGAUCUCACCUGGCUGCAGGGAAAGCAAGGGGACAGCCAGGUCCAUGGUAGUUCUGCUUGCAGUACAGCCUGGUGAUGGCCCCACGCAGCCUGCCCUGCCUGCCAGCAGGUUCCUUAAGCACCCCCUUCACCUCUCAGUCCACAAGGUCUGCACCCAGGAGACAAGCAUGGGGAAGGACACAAACUUGUGCACGGGAGGAAGGAGAGGGUUUGUACUGCUCUAAUCCUUGGCAGUGCCAGGCUAUGUAGGAGGCCAAGGAUGAGUUCAAAUCUUGUCCCAGCAGGAACUGAGGCCACCCCUCUCCAGACUGAACGUGUGGCAUGGCUGCUUCUUGUCAGGCUUCUAGAUAUUUGAGGGUGGAAGAGAGGCUAGCAUGAGGCGUGAAAAACAAAAGUUCAGCAAACGUCCAAGUUUCCGCUUCUUAGGAAGCUCCACAGAGGUACCUGAAGACAAAUGGUGCUCUUACUGCUGGCUCAGCCAACGCCAGACUUCAUUACAGCAGGAAGAGUAACUACAACAUCAUUAAGCCCUGCAAAUUUAUUGAGUGGUCAGAGUUAGGGCAGCGAGGAAAGGUCUGGCAAGAACUCUGCUGGUCUGACAACAGGAACGAAGAGUAGCUGCUGGGAGCCCGGCCUCCUUGCAUUGAACCCCCGCAGAGCCAGAGCACAUGCAAGAGGCAGGUGCCCCCAGCAGAGAUGGAGAGGCCCGCAUGACCUCCUGAGAGCCACUUCGUGCCUCUGAGGAGCAAACACAGCACUCUCCAGCUACAUCCUGGCCCUCUCAAGCUAGAUCUGGCACCCUUUGCCAGUUGUUACAUUGCUGUGUAUGCGCAAAGGCCUGGCUCUACACCUUCCUGUUCAGAAAAUGCCUUUUCAGUUUCAGGUGUCAGUAGGCCCACGGCCUUCGAAUGUUUAAUUUUUCCACCAAGUUAUGUUUUUAAUUAUGUGGAUUACUUGAGCUCAAAUGACGAGGUCCUAGCUUUUUGCCUCAGGGACUGGGUCCUGAGUAGUUUUCCCUAGAAUUGGAGUUGAUGGGGGAUUACACAGUGGCUGACUAUUACAGGGAAGAUGCUUUAGUCUCCUUUGUAAAGGAGAAACGUUAAGACAAAAUUAUAGCUUUGCAAUGAAUUUCAUUUUCUUAGCCUUAACCAUCCCUCAUCGUUUUGAACUGGUGCCCUAAACAUGCACAAACAUUCCAUAAAUAAGCAAAAAUAUUUAUAUAUAUUUAUAUGUACAAAAUGCCUGAAUUUGGGCUCUGAAACCCACCAAAGCAUAGUCUAUAUCCACAGAUAACUGUUCAACUUUAUCUUCUCCAGCUGUUGACUUGGAGGGGAUACGGUUGAGGAAAGUUAGGAUUUUUCCUUGUUAAAAAAGCGUCUUGCACUUUCUCUAAGUUCCUACAAACAAGGCAAAGUAAUUAAGGAAGAAAUUUCAUCACUUUAGAAGAGCAAAGGUUUAUUAACUGCAGCUCAGAUUCGGUAGCAUUUCCUUUCCUGCAAACUGGCUCACUCAGAUUUGGUUCCCCACCUGCUCGUAACACUAAAGUUUCUCCCUAGUUAAAGGAAAAGAAGGAAUUUAGUCUCAAAGUAGUGCGAGGAUGCUAGUUAUAGUGUGUGCGUGUGUGUUAAUUGUGCAAUGGCUUGUGAUAUGAUGCCAAGUUUUUUGGUUUCCUUUAGUUCUUUGUAUCCUUGAGACAAUCUGGGUAAGAGAUCUUAAAGCUCAACAGUAGUUAAAAGACAAUGGAAAUGCCAAACAGGUCACAGAGGAACUUUUCUAAAUUUUUCCAGGGGGAGAAAUAAGAGUUUGAAGCUGAAAUAGACAUGGGGUCGGGAAGGCUCAUGUCUCUCCUGAUGAACUGAAUUUUCCUUCACGUGUACUUCUGAAAACAGUUUAUUGGUGGUAUGCAAACUUUGUUUCAGAGAACUGAGACCAUCAGUGAGACAUACUGACCACCUUCUAUGCACAGGACUUCUUUCAAGAAAUGUCUGUCCUGCCGCGAGCUGUUCUUGGAAAGCAUUUCUUUUCCCAGUGUGUAAUAUAACACUCACAAGAGCUUAGAAGCCACUGUGAAAUGGUUUCCACUGCUGAUGUCUUAGCUGAAAAAAGCUUCAAGGGCUUGCAGAAACUCUGCCACUUUUUACUUCAGCCCAUUUGUGCACUCGACACUAGGGCACAACUGAAAAACAUCUUGUCUCUGUUUUCCAUUUCCUUUCUCUAGCCCCGGCCCAUCUUCAUUUGCAAGGUAGUCUGAGUAUGCCAAUUUAAAAGACGUCCGAUGUCACUAAUGGCUACAACUUUGUUUUCUUCAGACAAUUCCUAGAGAAAAAUGAAUUUAGCUCUUUCCAGACUGACAUUACGAACAGCAACUCAAAACAGCAUUCCCAUUCUUCACCUUCAGCUACACUUACGUGGCUUUUUUUUUUUUCCUGAAGAGAUCUUACUUUUCUUCUACCAUUUAUUUAGCAGUCUGUCUUUAGCUGAUUGGUGUUGAGGGGGGCCUCCAAUGGCUCAGUCUUACAUGUCUUAGCAUCCACUAGUCCUGUGGCUGAUUGCAGAGGUGAGUGGGGGUUUAUGCUGCACUGGUAAUUCUGCAUGUCUGCCUCUUUCCAUGCAAGGAUUGGAAAGUGCUCUUAACACCACCGGUAAUCAUCAGCUGUCAUUAUCCCUUCAGACAGAAGCUUCCACUUCCAUAAUCAGACACUGAGGCACAGCACAGGUGAUGAAACUGUGAAGUGGAGCUUGCAGUCUUGCUCAUUAAGUCCAUGUUUUGCAUUUUCUUGUUCAAAUGCACUUUUCCAAAUUUGAGAUGAAAGCAUGACAGACAUCGUCCUGCUCUUCAGCAGGGGCUGUAGGACUUUGUCAGCGCAGGUUCUUUGCUCCACAUAGGCCAGCAUGCGUCAAAACCAAGAUGUCCUGAAGGUAAGAGAAAACCAAAUAAAACAGCAGCCCAGCCUGCCUAGAGGAGCUUAGAGGAGAUACACAGAGAAUCUGAAGCUGUGCUAUCCUCCAGUCAUCAAUGUGAAGUCCAAACAAAUAAUUACUCAGACUAUGUGAAGUCUUCCAGCCAUCUCUGUAGUGGAGCUUGCCAUGGCACUUCCUCGUUGCUGUUGCUGAUGUGAAAUUAGUGAUUUGUAAAACAAGAGCUCAUUUCAGUCUGGUUGAGAAAAACGUGCAAGCAGCAAAGGAAUGUUAGCAGUGAUGUGGAAGGCGAGGAACUCCAAGUUCAAUACAUUUGUGUACGUGGCCUGUCAUUAACUAGGGUACUGUGCACGGACAGAUCAUGUCGUCAUCUGCUCAAAUGCAAGCCUACCACCAGUGCUACUUGGUAUAUAUUCCUUCUUGUAAAGGCUCUUCCCAAACCUACCUUUCCUUCCACAAGCAUUGUGAACUCAAACUGGAAAACCCCCUGCAUAAGCAUCUCAGUGCUGGGGGAACAGCUGAAAAUAUCUGUGCUUUUGUACAAAAAGGGUCUCUUCUCUCCUCUUGAGAGCCUUUUCUUUCUCUUCAGCAAUCUAGCCCUGAAGAGCUUCCCUGUCCUACGCUUUGCUUCCCUUGUUCCUUGCACUAGGAGCACACCCAGCCAAAUCAUCCCACUAGUUCUCGGUCAGUCUGGGAGAGGUGACAACGCAGAGCUGGCCUUUCCCUUUGCUUUUACAGUAUUACUUUGCUGAUCCUUCCUGCUACCUGGCAAAUCGCCGAUGAAACAGGGUAUUGUUUCAGGAAGCCUAUACUAAUUGCAGUCACUGUGACGGUGUUGCCUGCUUUGCCCCAUUAAUGCUGCCCCAUCGGGUUCGUGUGGACCCGGGGCAGAUCUCAGCAUCACCCUCCCGCUGCUCCCACUGGAAUGGCUGAAACAUUCCUCAGCUCUGCAUUGCUGUCAAAGAGAGGGGAUUGGAUUUGGUUUGUGGGGCUGCGGAGUUGUGCUUUUGGGUUUUUUAAACCCUUCACACACUCACCACUCUGAUGGGUCUGGUGAGCAGCUGUUAGGUAUCACAAAAAGGCCUUAAGUGGUAAAUCCCUUUUGUGUCACUCUUCUGAAGUAAUAACUGCUAGCAUUAGAUGUCAAGGUGGUCCACACAAUGUCUAGUGCAAAAACCUUAUCCAUCGAAAAAACGUCACUCUGCAAAAGUGCUCAUUUGAUGUAAAUGCAACAAUCCUGGAGUGCUUCGGGGAUCUGGAUGAAGAACCUAGCGGUAAAGGACCGUAACACCUUCUUAUAGGGCUGUGACAUUCAAGACCUGAUCAGAUAAGCAAACAGGGAGAGAUGAGUGCAAUUUGGGAUCCAAGCUCCUUGGGCAAACAGAUGCAAGGCAAAAAGAAACAGCCUGGCUGAUCUCACACCUGGUAAGGACGGGGACUCCGGAGGGAGCCAAAUUAAGUUUUACUAGGGAAAGGAACAUGCUAGGCCCAUACAAUUUGCUUCCAGCCCUGGCACAUCUGUUCAUUAAAAUGAAGAAGCUAGCAAAUGCUUCUGCUCUUCAAGUAUGUACAGCAUGCUCUGAAUGUCAAAAAGAGCACUUAACUUCACUACCUACCAAAAAUCCUAGAAGCCGUAAAGCAAAGCCCCGUACGCUAGGUUCAUCUGUCCAGAACCCCGACCCACUUGGCGUCAAAGUAACUUUGUGGUCUUGUGCUCCAACUAAAGUGUGUCAAGGUGUGUGCAAAACGUGAGUGCUGAACAAUUCACACCUCUCCAUGAAACCGAGUUACUCAUUUGAUGGAAAACGUAUUCCAGGUCUCAGACUUACUUUUGCAACCUGGACUUCGCCUCUAUUUAUAAGCCAAAUCGUUGCCUGGCAUUUCAAUAGAGAAAUUAAAAAUAACUUUACCCCAUGUUCUGGGGUGAGAUUGGAGACAACAAAACUAAGAUUUGUGCCAGAGAUAGAUCCACUGUAUGUGAGGCUAAUUGGUACAGUCUGAUAAAUGAGGAUUUUAAGGGGAAUCAGCACACUGGAAGAGGCAGAGGGAAGCAGAGAAGUUGGGCAUGCAGAGGGAGAGGAGCCCGAUGAUCCCGUCCAACUUAUAUUUCUAGCAUGCGCAUUCCCCCUCCCCUGCUGCCUUUGAAUGAAAAAUAAAAGGCUGAUGUUUAACACAACCACCCCGCAGAGCUGCUUUUGCUGCAUAAGCCCUGCUGUAGCUCCAUCACUGGCCUCACUCCACUCCCUUGCUCACACUGUACACAUGUGGUAGCUGCAGACCGGGGGGGUCAAAGCUCUGCUGCACGUCAACACAGUGAGGGAGUGGGUCUCAAGUGCCACAGGAGAGACAUGAAUGAUGGAAAUUUUGGAAAAGGAAUCUUCUUCCCAUCCAUGUUUUGUUUUAAUUUUCCAUUAAAAAUGUGCAACUGACAUUCCAUCAAAUGCAGUGACUGCACCAAACACGAAGAUUGGCCUUAGCUGCCGGAGUGCUUGCAAAACGAAUCCAAUGGGCUGUGCUCACAUCAGCGGCUGCAGUUCUGUUGCAAGUUCCAUACUCUUUAAAAAAUUCUAGAAAUUUAUGUUGAAGAUGUAAAUUCCAGAGGUAAAGCAUAAACUGCAAUUGCUUUUUUCUUCUUUUUCCUUUUUUUCCUUUUUUUUUUUUUUUUUGAACUUCUCAGAGCAAUUUUGUAACAGCCAAGUCUUUCAGGAAAUGCAGGUGUGUGACCUCUUCACACAGAGACCUACACACCUGUAUUUCUGCAUGGGACAGGGAACUACUUUUGUGACACCAGUUUUGUUCUACACAAAGGCACGCUUGCAAUAAAUUUUUACAAGUUUUGUACACCAUGAGCUAAAUUCUGAGUUCCAAAAAUGUGAAGUGUGGCAACAAUAACAAAAUGGAUUUAUAGUAUCACUCUGAUAUCUUGUCAUGUGAUUUUAUUUCUUCAACAAAGUUUGUUUACAAUCAACAACUUUGAAAUACAGUCAGAUAUAUUACUGCUU